AUGGCUUCUCUUUCUCGUCAAUCGGUAACUGCUCUCAAAGAGAGGGUAGAUGCAGCGUGCGUGGACCAGGAAAAGGGUAUCCCAGGCGCAGUGGUGGUGGUCGUCGGCAAGGAUGGCAAGGAGCAUUUUGCGCAUGCGAGUGGGAAGCGUGGGUGUAACUCUGAGGAGUCAAUGACACUUGACAGUAUCUUCUGGAUUGCCUCGUGCACGAAGAUGAUCACGGGAAUUGCGUGUAUGCAGCUUGUCGAACAGGGGCUAUUGAACUUGGACGAUUCAGAUCAGGUUGAGAGGAUAUGCCCCGAGCUGAAAGAGGUGAAGGUGUUGCAGGAUGAUGGGACUUUGGUUGAGAAGCGUAGGGGAAUCACCUUGAGGAUGUUGUUGAACCAUACCGCUGGCUUUGGGUAUACGUUCUUUAAUGAGAAGUUGAGAGACUACAGCAAGCCGGCUGGCUACGACGAGUUCUCCGGACACAUCUACGAUAUGAUGCAGCCAUUAGUUCAUCAGCCUGGGGAGAAGUGGGAAUAUGGGGUAAACAUCGACUGGGCGGGAGUCAUGGUCGAGCGAGUCACAGGGCAGUCAUUGAAUGAGUAUUUUCAGCGCAACAUCUUUGAACCCUUGGGGCUGGACAACAUUUCGAUGUUUCCAUCGGCGUCAAUGAAGGAGAAAUUGGCAUACAUGAAUCAAAGAGACGCUCAUGGCCAGCUCUCCGGUCGCGACCACCUCCUUCGGCGGCCUCUAAUUGCGCAGACCUCUAACGAUAUCAAGACAUGCUUCAACAGUGGUGGAGCAGGCUGUUUCGCUAAACCACAGGAGUACUGUCAAAUCCUUGCUACACUCCUAAACGACGGCACCUCGCCCAUUACCGGCAAGCAAAUACUCGAGAAAGCGACAGUCGACGAGAUGUUUCGCAAUCAGAUCCCAAAUCUUCCUAAUUUCGCGGCACAGGGAAUCCCACCUUCGAAGCCUGAUCUCACCAACCCAAUAGCUCAUCUGUACCCAUCGUCGACACCUCAGGGGUGGGGACUCACAUUCAUGCUCACGGGUGGACCCACGGGACGGUCAGAAGGGACGGCGCACUGGGCAGGACUGGCAAAUCUCUGGUGGUGGUGCGAUAGAGAGAAAGGGGUCGCAGGGAUGAUCUGUACUCAACUCUUGCCCUUUGCCGAUCCUCAAGUUUGGAGCCUUUGGCUGGAUGUGGAGUCUGCUGUCUACCGUGGCCUGGUUCAGGAUUAG